AUGACAUUCUCUCCCGGGAGGCUCGAGCCGGGCCGUCCGCAUGCGCCUGUUCAUGCACGAGGUGCGCACCGGCCCAGGUGCCACGAUGAUGGGGGUCGUCAACGGCAUAGGGCGGUGGUGCUGCUCGGCCUCAGGGGCGAACCGCCGGUGCGGUUCCGGCAGGUGGUGGUGAUGGACGACGCGCUGACGGAGGGGCCGAGCCCGGCAUCGAGGCCCGUGGGGCGCACGCAGGGGUUUUACGUGUUCUCGUCCUUGCGCGAGCCGGUGCUACUCUUCUCCAUGAACGUGGUGCUUAUGGAGGGGCCGCACUCCGGGAGCACCUUCACCGUCGCCGGCCGUCACAACAUGGUGGAGCCGCUGCGGGAGCUGUCGGUGGUGGGCGGCACGGGGAGGUUCAGGAUGGCGACGGGGUACGUGCUGUGGAGGACGGUGAGCUGGGAGAUGCACGAGAAGGCCGUCAUCGAGUUGGACGUAUUUGUCUACCUCCACGCCAACUCCCAUGCAUGA